CCUUCUAGAUCAUUCCUGGAUUUGUCUGAGGUAAGUGUUGCUGUGGGGGUGGUUUCCACAAUUUUUUCCAGAAACGCUAUUUAAUUAUAAGUUAUUCAUGUUUUUGGUCCUUGUUUUGUUUGAACUUUAAUAUUGAGAAUUAUGAGCGACUUCUGAUAUUAUUUUUUCCCCCUUAUUACAUCCAUCAUGUUUUUUUUUUCUUAAUCGACGUUUGUUCAUCUGCUUUGUUCCAGGUAUCAAUCUCACUGAAUCUCACUGAAGCUCUUGGCGUCGAGGAUUUUUCCAACUGUAUGAAGAUCAAAAUCCCCCCAAAAAUGUUUUUUCUACUCGAGUAACGGACAUUUGACUUCUACUUUUUUGCUCCAGAUUAUUCAAGAAGGAAAAGCUAGCAUUCUAGCCACAUCAUUCCCGCCCAUUAAGUCAUUUUCAGUCAAAAUGAUAUAGAGUCAUGACAGUUUAAGCUGUCUAAAACUGUUCUGAAAAUUGUUGCUGUUAAGCACAAAAUAUUAUAGGUACCCGAGACGCAGAGGAGUUAUAAAUAGUAAGUGUUUACUUUCAAACCAAUUUGAAUCGAAAUUUAACGGUUAAUCAAUUGCCUGUCUUGAAAAUGAUAAAUUAUUACUUAAGCAGUCAGAUGAAAGCUGUGAUAAAGCGAGUAAAGCUAGCUAGUUAGCGUAUGAGCUCACACCGCAAAGUUAGCAGUGGCCAAACGCCCUGUUUCUCUUUGUGUGUGUGAGACGGAUUCAUAUUCUAUUAAUUAAUGAUUAAAAAAAUUUAAAUAUAAGCUAGCGAUCGCUUCUCAUAAGCAAUCUGUUCAUAAAGAUUGCCGCAGCAUAAAGCAGGAUGUAAUUAACUUGUGCUUUUGAAAGGAGAGCUCAUUGGGACAUUCAACGCAAUCUGCCCAUAAAGAUUGCACGAUGACGACUGUGGAUAUUACAGGGGCUGAAAUGUUUGAUUAUUGGCUUAUCUUUUGUAGCUACGGGUGAAAUAAACCUCAAAAAAAGUGUAUAAAUGGCAGUCGGUUAGCUUGUAGUGAAAUUGUAGCUGCGAAAUGUCGAGGCUGUUUGUCUAGUCGUGUUUUGCUUUUAAAAUGGCGGACAGGUUGUCCUUUGCUGAGAGCAAGGCAAUGGUGGCUUUGGCUUUGAGACCAGCUCGGACUUGUUUGCUCGGGUUGUCUCAUGUUGUUCUAAACAGAGUCGGUCGGAAUUCUAUUUUUUGACUCUUCCUUUUUUUUUUUUCUGCGAGUGUAAAUGAAUAUCGGGUGAAAUGAAUGUAAAUAGUUUUCGGGGUUGUUUGUGUAUUUCAAGAUGGCGCCCGGGCUUCUUCUCGAACGCUAAGCGGUUAAAGGAAAAGGGGGCGGGGCUUAGCGCGGGCUUCAGGGAAUGUAGAGCCGCACGCGCAGGACUCCGACAGAUGGCGAGAGCCGCAGCGGGGCUUCUGUAAACUCCCAUUUAUAUAACGCAUCUGUUUAACACAGCGUGGCGUGGUCAUUAUCAAAUCACCGGGUUUGUCAUGCAGAUUUAUUGUGAUUAAUGGGUCAUUUAUUUCAACAACAUUGUGUAUUUAAAAAAAAAAAAAAAAGAAAAGAAAAAGCGUGAGUUACAUUUUGUACCAGACCAUAGAUAAUCCCUGUGUGAGGGUUUAAACAGGAGCUCUACAGUCCGAGAAUAACUCCGUCUGCAGGUCAAAUGUGGUGUUUAUUCUCGAUCUGAAGAUUAUUCACUAUAUUUCUUGUGUGAUAUUUCUGGCAGGCGCGUUCACUUGUGUUUCUUUGGGUUCCCUGAGUAACUGCCAGCUGUGUUUACUGUGUGUACAGUGUGUAACAGUUGUGACAUUUUCAGGAGUGUGUAUUGUACCGUGUAACGGAGGUCGAUACUGAAUUCAGAGACUAAAAAAAACUUCAACAACACUUUUACGGGCUGUAAUGGCAGUGGGCCCAGUGGACCCCAGGGAGGUGCUGAAAGGAGUGGAGGCUCUACUGGGGAAGGAUGGUGAGCUCCGAAGCCUGGAGGGCGUUGCCAAAGUAUUCAGUCUCAUGAAGGCCUCUCAUAAAAUGGUCAGCAGGUGCAUGUAUCUGAACAUCUUACUGCAGACCAAAUCACAUGACAUCCUUAAUCGAUUUAUCCGUGUUGGUGGCUACAAGUUGCUGAACUCUUGGUUGACUUAUUCUAAGACGACCACCAAUACCCCAAUGCUGCAGCUCAUUCUGCUCACUCUGCAGAAACUGCCUCUCACGGUGGACCAUCUCAAACAGAACAACACAGCGAAGUUGGUUAAGCAUCUGAGCAAGAGCGGGGAGACGGAAGAGUUGAGAAAGCUCGCCUUGGUACUUGUGGAUGGUUGGAUGGCCAUCAUCCGCUCUCAGAGUGUUUCCAGUGGCGCCUCGCCUAACGACAAGAAACGAAAGAAGGAAGACAUUAAAGUGCGUCCUGAGGUAAAGGCUGGGGAGAAAGGGACAGAAGAGGAGAAGAAAAGAGAAAAGCCAAAGGCCCAUGCACCCAGUCAUGCGAAGAUUCGCUCCACAGGUUUGGAGGUAGAGACUCCAACACCCGUCCCUACGAAAAAGGCCCCUGCAGUCCCCCAGCUUGGAGACAAAUACAACAUCAAACCUGCUGUCCUUAAGAGACCUAGCUCUGGUCUAUCAGACGCUCCACCUGUGGAGAAAAAGUACAAGCCUCUUAACACCACCCCCAACUCAGCCAAAGAAAUCAAAGUCAAGCUCAUACCUCCACAACCUAUGGAGAGCCUGGGCUUUCUGGAUGCGCUUAAUUCUGCUCCAGUGCCUGGAAUCAAGAUCAAGAAGAAGAAACCUAAGGCAGCCUCUCCUACCUCUAACAAGCCAUGUCCGUUUGAAAGCAAGCCCCAGCCAUACUCAAGCACGCAGACCAAGCCUUCUUCCCCUGAGGCUCCUGCGUCUCACACUCCUCCACACGAGCCCCAAGACCUGGAACAGCCAGGGACACCUGUCCCCACUGAGGACCCUGAGGCUAUGGACACUGAUAAGCCUAAUGCACUUUCAGAGCCACGUGGAGAGGAAGAGAGUCUGACAAAGAAAGGCAAGAAGAAGAAGAGCGUUCGCUGGGCUGAGGAAGAGCAGCUCAAAGAAUAUUUUUACUUUGAUCUGGAUGAGACAGAGAGAGUAAAUGUCAAUAAGAUUAAAGAUUUUGGUGAAGCGGCCAAGCGGGAGCUGAUGAUGGACAGGCACACGUUCGAGAUGGCCCGACGACUCUCACAUGAUGCCAUGGAAGAGCGGGUGCCCUGGACACCCCCGCGACCUUUGACCUUGUCAGGCUGUCUGGUCACUCCAGGGUCCAACAGCAGUGAGAAGAUGACCCAGAGGGACAGAGAGAUGGGCAUCCUUCAGGAGAUCUUCCUCAACAAGGAGAGUGUCCCAGACAGCCCACAUGAGCCAGAUCCAGAGCCUUAUGAGCCAAUGCCACCACGUCUCAUUCCUCUGGAUGAGGACUGUACGAUGAUGGAGGACAGCUACAUGGAAACUGCUGAUACUGCUGCAUCGUGCCCUGCCCCUGCAACCCAGGAGGGCUCCAAGCUGCCUCCUGUUCUUGCUAAUCUCAUGGUCAGCCUGAACAGCAACCGCAGCCCCCAAGCUCAGAGCAAUGCACCACCUCCCAACAAUCCAGCUGUGAACGUCCAAGAACUCCUCAGCUCCAUCAUGGGUGCUCAGGGGUCUAACCAGUCCGCAGAGGACCUCAUUAAGCAGCCUGAUUUCUCUGACAAGAUCAAACAACUUUUGGGAUCUCUGCAGCAGAACCAGAACCAAAACCAGAACCAGCAGGGCAACGCUCCACCUAUGAAUGCAGGUCUGCUUGGCCACGGUCCUGGCAUGAAUGUGAACAACAACAUGAACAUGCCAAUGCCCAUGAACGGCGGUUACCCACCGAACAAGCCACCUGGCGGGCCUCAUUUCGGUCACCCGCCCCCUCCUCAUGGGCACGGACCUCCGUUCGGCGGAGGAGGUCCUCGCAUGAUGGGUCCUCCACCCGGACCUCAGGGCAGAGGAGGGGACAACGGAAACUACUGGGGAGACGACUCUAUGCGGGGAGGACCACACCGGGGCGGACAUUUCCACCGUGGGAGAGGAAGAGGAGGAGACCAAGGAUUCAGAGGACGGGGAGGACGAGGGGGACCGCGCGGAGGACACAACAACAUGGGUGACAUGUCCAAAAGACCUGUGUGUCGGCAUUUCAUGAUGAAAGGGAACUGCAGAUACGAAAACAACUGCGCUUUCUACCACCCAGGUGUGAACGGUCCUCCUCUACCCCCUCAGCACGGGCAUUAACUCUGACCUCAUCAGACUCUCUUCAACCCCGAACACUUACACUGGUUGUGAUCCUGCCACUUACUUUCACUAGAGGGCAGUAGACUACAUUUUGAAGACUUUUUUUUUCUUUUUUCUUUCUUUCUUUCUUUUUUUUUUUUUUUUUAAACAAGACAAUUUGAUUCCUCUUCAGUGUUUACAGCUGCCUGAUCAGAGACGAUGAGAUGCACCAACAGUUCGGCCAGACCUCGGCACGGUUUUUCCUCAUCUUUUUCUAUGGAAAAUGGAAAUUAAAGCUUACUAAUGACUUAUUCAUAAGAACAAGCUAAAGACUGCAGUGAUUGUGUGUAAAUAGGCUCUUCCUGUGUAAAUACAGAAACUCAGUGUUAAGAUCACUGGUGUAGAUAUUAUAUAUAUUUUUGUGGUCAUAUGUACAACACUGAUUUAAAACUGCUGAAGAAUGUGCCACUCUUUGAUGACCACUAUUGCAGCUUACGUUUGAUUUACACUGUUAUGAGUUGUGCUUGCUUUGCUGGUACCCAUGAUUUUUUUUUUUUUUUUUUUUUUUUUUUUUACUGUGAGACUAUGAAUUUGGUUCAGCACUACAGAACCUUUGAAGUGUGAAUGUGUUCCCAUUUGUAGGUGUUUUUGUUUUUUUAAUAAUUGUUGAAUGUGUGAAAAUGUGCUGUUUCUCCGUUUAAGCAGGUUCACAUUAUAGACAGCGCCUCUCUGUUAUCACCUGUGGUAUAUAACAGCACAUUCUAGCACCUCUCCAUUUUUAUUCCAAAGUCUGUUGGGUGAACAACUGUGCCCUCAGCUACCUGGCUGAUAUAAAGCUGGAUUCACACACACAUGAAAAGUGUGUAUGGCUUAUAAUAAUGUUCCCUAGAUAGCUAUUAAUGUUUGACUAUUCUAAACUAAACUUGUGUAAAAUAUGACAAUCAGGGCAAUUAGGGUGAUAUCAUUCGUUGUCAUUUCAUUCAGUCUGUGUGUGUAUUCAUGCAGUCACACACUCAAGUUGUGACUAGUCACGGUCACGUAUAUCCUCAUACACCAGUGCUGAACUGAGCCUGAGGCUCUGAACCACUCUCUGGGCCAACUCUAGUGUUUUCUGUGAAAACAGUGGCCUUUGUGUCUCUUGUGGGACUACAUUGUUUUUCUUUCUUUUUUUUCUGUUUUUAUUUUUUUGUAAAAAAAACUUUUUUUUUUUUUUUUACCUCUAUCCGAAUGAGGUUUUGUUUGUGUUAUAGAGGUAUGUGUGUCUGAGUACAAUAUAUUGCAAAGACACAUUUAUAAGCAUAUAUAAAAUCUGUAAAGGGUUUUUCUACAUGUAUUAAUAAAUGUUCUAAAAAUAAA